AUGGCUGGAACCGAGCCAGAAGAUCGAAAAUCGCACAUUACCGAGCAGCCGAUUACGCUGCAUAACUGGCACCGCCACGUCAACUGGGUGAACACCACGUUGAUCUUGAUCGUGCCUAUACUUAGCUGCGUCGCUGCACUCUUUACUCCACUGCGGAUUCCCACAGCUCUUUGGACUGUUGUAUAUUAUUUUUGGACUGGAUUGGGGAUCACUGCAGGCUACCAUCGCCUUUGGUCGCAUCGAUCAUACGAAGCUGGCUUAACUUUACGAAUUUUCCUUGCCUGCGUCGGUGGCGGUGCCGUGCAGGGCUCUAUUCAAUGGUGGAGUAGCAAACAUCGUGCUCACCACCGAUGGACCGAUACUGUCAAAGACCCCUACAGCGUACGGAAGGGACUGGUAUACUCUCAUCUCAUGUGGAUGGUGUUGAAACAAAACCCCAAGGAACGCGGUCGCACGGAUAUUUCUGAUUUGAAUCAGGACCCUGUUGUCGUAUGGCAGCACCGCAACUAUGGCUUCGUUGUCCUGACUUUUGGCAUGCUGUUUCCGAUGUUCGUCGCCGGGCUGGGUUGGGGAGACUGGAAAGGUGGUCUGGUUUAUUCGGGCAUCUUGAGGUUCUUCUUUGUCCAGCAAGCGACUUUUUGCGUUAACUCUCUCGCUCAUUGGCUGGGCGAGCAGCCUUUCGACGAUCGCAACUCGCCUCGUGACCAUGUCAUCACUGCUCUUGUUACACUCGGCGAGGGCUACCAUAAUUUCCACCACGAGUUCCCUUCCGAUUAUCGCAAUGCGAUCGAGUGGUGGCAGUACGACCCAACAAAAUGGUCCAUCUGGAUGUGGAAGCAACUGGGACUGGCAUUCAACCUGAAGCAAUUCCGUGCGAAUGAAAUCGAAAAGGGUCGCGUCCAACAAUUGCAGAAAAAGGUGGAUCAAAGAAGAGCUCGCCUAGACUGGGGUGUUCCUCUAGAGCAACUCCCAGUCGUUUCAUGGGACGAUUUCGUUGCCGAUGCACAGUCGGGCAAAACCCUUGUCGCUAUUGCUGGUGUUAUCCAUGAUGUGACCGAUUUCAUCAAGGAGCACCCCGGCGGAAAAGCCUUGAUCAGCUCUGGAAUCGGUAAGGACGCGACGGCUCUUUUCAAUGGUGGCGUAUACAACCACUCUAAUGCGGCUCACAACCUCCUGUCGACAAUGCGGGUCGGUGUCAUUCGAGGUGGAGGCGAGGUGGAGAUCUGGCGACGGGACAGAACCAAGAAGCAGAAUCUCGGUACAUCAUUGUGA